GUAGAAUCUGUAGAAAUUUUACGUUUUCUAUUAGAAAUUCAAUCCCAUUAGAAUGUAAAAAAUGUAAAAUAUAGAGUUUGUGUUACAUUAUAGAUAAACUGGUGUUGUGAUGUUCGUAGUAAGUGUUGCUUUAUUUAGUUACGUGCUUAAACAGUGAUAAAUUUGGUACGAUGGCCAAAAAGUCGGAGAAUGUCGGUGGCAAGCUGAUGACGGUGUCUGUUGUCGGUCUGUCUGGUACGGAAAAGGAGAAAGGUCAGCUGGGCAUCGGCAAGUCUUGUUUGUGCAACCGCUUCGUGCGUACCAACGCAGACGAUUACAACGUCGAUCACAUAUCCGUCCUCAGUCAGUCGGACUUCAGCGGUCGUGUGGUAAACAACGAUCACUUCCUGUACUGGGGUGGAGUGCAGAAGGAGAAUGAUGAACAGGAGUACCGUUUUGAGGUCAUCGAGCAGACGGAAUUCGUGGAUGAUGCCUGCUUCCAGCCGUUCAAAGUGGGCAAAACAGAGCCUUACGUGAAGAGAUGUGUCGCAACAAAGAUACAGUCUGCGGAGAAAUUGAUGUACGUGUGUAAGAACCAGCUGGGGAUAGAGAAGGAGUACGAGCAGCGGCUGAUGGCGGACGGCAAGCUGACUGUGGACGGCUUCCUCUGCGUGUAUGAUGUCAGCCUGGUGCCCGGCAGGACGUGGGAGAAGCAGAAUGAAAUAACAGCGGCGAUCCUCCAGAAUAUAAUAAAACUGAAGAAGCCAGUUGUCCUGGUGACGUCUAAGAACGACGAAGCGUGUGAGCAGGGAGUGAGAGAGGCUGAGAGACUGGUCCAGAGGAAGGAGUUCAAAGGCAGCAUACCUAUAGUGGAGACCUCCAGUCAUGAUAAUGUGAACGUGGACCAGGCUUUCUUUCUGUUAGCUCAGAUGAUAGAUAAAGCCAAGGCUAGGAUUAAGGUGGCUAAUUACGCGGAGGCUCUGAGGAUACGACGCGAGACUCUAGAUUUUGUGACUGAAGCAUUUACUCAACUCAUACGGAUACAUGUUCAAGAUCACAAAGAAAUGUGGUCGGCGGCCAGCAAAAGAUUAUGCCAUUUUCCAGAAUGGAUAAAGUUUGUUCAGCAAUUCGGAAACGAUGGUACUCAGGUGGUUUACCGUCGUCAUAUACGACGUCUGAAGGAAGAGAGAUCGGCAAAGAAACUUAGGAAGCAAUUAGCUAAGUUGCCACAAGCGCUGUCUCGUAUGAACCUGCCCACUGAAGAUCUGCAGGAAAACGACUGGGGCAUGGUGGUGCGGCAGCUGCGGGCGCACCGCGACUUCCCGGUGUACUUCAGCGAGGGCCGCGGCCGCGACUCCGGCUCCGGCUCGGGCUCCGAGCUGGACAGCCCGCUGCACACAGACACCACGCUGCGGCUCGGAGAACGAGUCAGAUACCAGACAUUGGGACAAUCACAGAAGAUACCGUACGACAUAUUGGAGACGAACGAAGCGGCCGCCGUCUUCAAGACUUUCCUACACGAGGCUCAGGAGGAACAGAGGAAUUACGAAUGGUGCCAGCAGUUCAAGCGGCUGCUGGAGGAGACGGGCUACGUGACGCCGGGCAAGCAGCUGUCGGAGGUGCGCGUGCUGCUGAUGGGCCGCGAGUGCUACGAGGCGCUGUCGGAGGAGCAGCAGCAGCGCGUCUACGACCAGCACCAGCGCCAGAUACAGCGCCGCGCCAAGCACAAUCUUCAGGAGCUGCUAUUGGAACAUGCGGACCUGUUCUAUCACUUCAAAAGUAUAUCCCCCACCGGCACCAUCACACAAGAAGAUAUCAAGGAAAUAACUGAUGUACUGCAAGAUGAUUUCAGGUACAAGAUGCUGGACCGCAUGGAGCAGGACCGCAAGCUGCUGCUGUUCCAGCACCUGGGGUUCGUGCACUGCCCCAUGCGCGAGCACUGCCCCGCCGCCGCCAACUGCCUAGACGCCACGCUGCCCGUCAUACUCAACACACGAGUCGGAUCAUUAACAUCAGGCAGUGAGUCCCAGUGCCAGGCGGGCCCGCCCGCAGCGCCCUGGGCUCUCACCACUGACUCCAAUCAGAUUAAUGUCAUCAUAUUGGGGAUGGAGGGCGUGGCGGGCGAGUUCGGUUCGCGGCUGGCGGCGGGCUGUGACGCGGCGCGGCGCGUGUGCGUGCGCGGCCAGCCGUGGCGCGUGCAGCAGCGGCUGCGGCUCGCGGACGCCGACACUACGGACAACGAUAACGAUGACUUCGCACCUAACGGUUACUUCUGCGUCUAUCAAGAUCAGGAGUCGUUCGAAUUCAUCAGAAAUUGUGCGGAGAAAACCCUCCUAUCUAGUCUUGAGCAAGAGGAUAAAUUACCUUUUCAAGGUCUUCCAUUAGUAGUGAUGUUUGUACAAGACGAGGGUAUGGAUAAGAAGGAGCUCGCCAGGCUGCAGGAGGAGGGACAGAAUCUAGCUGAUAACCUACACUGCUCGUACAUGGAGGCGGCGGUGGGCGAGCUGGGCACGGAGGCGCUGACCGCCGACGCUGUGCAGGAGCUGGUGCGCACCAACAGGGAGAAGGCGAGCUACGCGCACCUCUACAGGGACCUCAUCGUCUGCUUCGACUCUGAUAUACGGAUAAUGGUGUGCAUGUUCUGCGACGACCCGUACUCCCCGGAGCGUGUACUGGGCCCACUGCUGGGACACCGCGCCUGCUUCCUCACCGGCGAUCGCUCCAUCGUUAUUGAGACCUUCCUCGGCGACUCCAAGAGGAAAGUUGAGGUGAUAAUAUCAAGCUUCCACGGCGCGAGUCAAUUCCGAGAGGAGCUGAUACAUGGCUUCAUAUUGAUAUACUCUGCUAAAAGGAAAGCCAGCUUGGCUACUCUCAAUGCGUUUUCUAUGAACAUCCCCAACCUGCCGAUACAAAUGGUAGCGGUGACGGACGGCGGCGGCUCCGCGGCGACUGCCUUCUUCGGCACCGACCUCGGACAUGCUCUCAUCACGGAGGGCAAUGCCACCGCUGACCGGCUUGGUGCACACUUUACCACCUAUACCUCCAGCGCGGAGAACAAAUCGGCGUUCUACACGCCGUUCUUCAAGGAGGUGUGGGAGCGCAAGGGCGAGAUAGAGCGCGCGUUCCGCCUGGAGCAGCCGCACAACCUGCCCGACGUGGCCGCCGCGCGCCCCGCGCCGCCGCCGCGCCUGCACUCGCACUCCAAUCACAAGAUGGAACACAAAUUAACCAACUCCCUGGACCUGCUGAUCGGGCCGGACUCGCGCGCUGACAUCGACUCUGAGUACAGCGAUACUUUGAACAACUCCAAGAAUAGAGGAUUCCUUAAAGGAUUCAGCGUGUACCCGCCCCCGAGCACACCGCCCGAGCCCGCGCCGCCUGACCACAGGAUGCACGCGGAUCUGUCUCCGGAUCUGAACUGCUCGGAGGAGUCGCUGAGCACGCACGAGUCAGGUGACUGCACAAACGGCGGCGCGUGGCAGCCGGCGGGCUACGGGCACCGCGCGUUCACUACGGGCCGCACGCGCCCGCAGCCCCCGCCGCAGCGGCCCCGCCACUCGCAGACACUCAAGCAACCCGGUAAACUGGACAUGAACAACUACACGAUGGUGAGCGAUGCGUUGCAGCACAUCACUAUUGGGCCCCCGCACUCCCGCGAAAGAAAGACGGGGCGCGGCUGGGCGGGCGCGGGCGCGGCGCAGCACCACCCCUCCGGCGUCAGCUCCGAGACCGAGCUCGACGCGCAGUACGCGCAGAUCAAGGAGACGAAUGAGUACAUGGAGGCGCCCUCUAUGACGAGACUGAGAAGACAUAGGAGACACGAUAAGACUCCUUUACAUCAACCAUCGUUCUCGGAGACGGAUAGUUCUGGGUCGAGUGAGGCGUCGGGAGGCGCGGCGCGGGCGCACGCUCGCCGGCGACACAACGCGCACCACGCUCCGAGACAUUACAAGAAAAGAUCUCUAGGCAACUUAGUGGCGGUGCAAAGCCCACGUGUGCCGAAGCUCGGCAUGUUUGUAGGUCCGCCGGAGCUGCCCAGCGGAUACCGCGCUAGGACACAAGAGGAUAAAGCUGCUGCAAGUGAUUCCAGUGACGGCAGUUCUGAGGGUGAGACGCGCCGGCCGCGUCCCCUGCCUCCGCCUCCGCACCACGAACCUACGCAUAAGUUGUUAUCUGGCGAGUACCCGUCCUCUGCGCAAGAUAACUCGUCCUCCAGCGCCGCCGACUCGCGCCGACGACCGCAGCCCUUCAGCAAACACGAUCGCAGACAUAAGGAAUUCUCUAAAAGUAAAGACAAGAAGAAUUCGUCGCAAAUAGCAAAUGCACCAUCAAUACAGAACUGGGGUCCACAGGGUCUGCACGGCGUGCCUCUAUUCGUGGAGAAGUGCGUGGAGUUCAUAGAGCGGGAGGGGCUGGCCUCUGAGGGCCUGUACCGCGUGCCUGGGAAUAGGGCACACGUAGAUAUGCUGUUUACCAAGUUUUAUGAAGAUCCCAACAUAGAUCUAGAAGCGCUAGACAUCCCAGUGAACGCGGUGGCGACCGCGCUCAAGGAUUUCUUCUCCAAGAAACUGCCGCCUUUACUGGAUGAGACCAGCAUGUCGCAGUUAGAAGAUAUUGCUGCGAUGCGCGGCUGCAUAGCUGGCGGUGUGGAGCUGAAGGACCGCAGCUGGCGGCUGCUGGCGCUGCGCUCGCUGCUACACGCCUCCGCCACACCCAUAAAGUGCAGUGUAUUUACUCUUCUUUGGUACAGGGUGGCGGACAAUUCGAAGCUGAACUCUAUGGACAGCAAGAACCUGGCGAUCUGCUGGUGGCCGACGCUGCUGCCGGUGCAGUUCUCCGACAUGGGCCGCUUCGAGAUGACGCGCCCCUACCUCGAGGACAUCGUGCAGACCAUGAUCGACCAACACCCCUUCCUCUUCAGGGGGCAGGAGGCUUUUGUUAUGGUGUGAGGAACGUGUGAACCCACAAUGCAUGUUGCAUUCGUGAUGGACGACGUGUGACGUCAGCGGGGCCGUGUGACGUCACCGCGGGCUCGCGGCGGCUCGUGACGUGUCGGAACUUUUAGUGGCGAAGUGCGGCUAGUGCGUAAGUUUGCCUCGCGGCGCCACUGUCGCGCGACUGGCCUGUCAACGUGACAGUGACAGUGGCAGUGACAUUGACAGUUGGCGACAGCCGCGCACUCUUAAGUUGCUGUGGUUUUAAGUAUGGAAAGUCGUUCCAGUGAUUGAAAUGCGGUUUAUUUUAUACAAGUGUUGUCAUAUCAUAUCGCGCUUAGACUCUUACGAGUUGCUUGCAUUUUGAUGUCUAGACGCUUUUUAUAAAUGAAUUUCGACUUGUGUGAGCUAAGGACGCCGUUUUGUAACGUACGUUUGGUAUAGUUUUAAGAUUGAAAUUCGAGCACAAAACGUAUUUAAUGAGAAAUCUUAAUUAAGUAAUACCGAAUAAUAUAAUCUAAGCAAUUAUAUUUGUAUAAUCGAUUUAUGGCAACACCAUUUACGAGCACAUUCCGUUCACUCGAAAGUAAUUAUUGAUGUAUUUGUUAAUAUUAAUUAACAUAGUGAUAUGUGUAACGUUCUAUGUAUGUGCAAAAUAUCAUAUAAGAGCUUUUAUUUAUUGUUUAAAAUAUUUUAUUUAUAUUGCUUGAUAUUAAUCGAAGCUUGGUAUUGUGUUGUGUUUUGUAUUUUGUAUGAUAAAUAGUGGAUACGGUCGUUUCGGCGAAACGACAAUAUAUAUAUACUCCCAUUUGAUAUUUUAGAUCGUAUAUAAUCUGUAAGAGCUCUAUUUGAGCGAUCAGGGCUUGUCUCACCACGGGCUGAUAAAGGCUCAGAUAGCUUAAAAAUGACAAAUUUUACACGUUGGAUUGUUAUCAGACAAUUUACAAUUUGGUGGGACAGGCCCUAAAAGUGGUAUACCAUUGUUCUAAAUCAUCCAAGAUUUGAGCGAUUUUUUGUACAUGUUUGUUCAAAUGUUGGUAAUAGUUGGUGAACGACAUUUAGAAUACAGCACAGUCUUGCCACAGACUAAAAAUGCCAGUCUAGUGUGUACACAGACUAUAAUGACAACCUAGACCGAUAAGGAUAUAAAACCCGGUGAGCAUAAAAACUAAAUUAUAACAAUUCACUGCCCCCUGUUAAUUUCAAAAGAUCCUUUUCAUACUGUAACUGUUGUAUUAUCUCUAUGCCCUUUUUACAUAUUUUCUGACGAAACCAACCAAUAGCACCUUACUGGGCUAGAAAUCCUGGAUUAAAUAUAGUUAACGUGUACACAGAUUAUAAUGCCAGUCUAGGUUGUACACAAACUAUAAUGCCAAUCUAGCUAGUGUGUACUCAGAUUAUAAUGCCAGUCUAUGUUGUACACGGACUGUAAUGCCAUUUUAGCCCGUGUGUACAGAUUAUAAUACCAGUAUAUGUAACAUUAAAAAUGCCAGUCUAACUAGUGUGUAUCUGUCAGAUAAAUCGCUAGAUAGUGAAUGUUAAUGCAUAAUUGAGUGAUAUUGAGAGGAGUCAUUUGGUAUGCAGUGUGAUAUUUAUUGCCAUUUUUAUUAUUUUUUUUUAAAUUUAUAUCAUGAAAAAAUAAUUUAGCUUUUAUAUAAUAAGAUGUACGUUUUUACUUUAUUGAUAUAAUAUAUGCUUUUAU